UGUAAUGCGCUGUGUCCGACUCCUUGUCUGGAUCUUGGCCAGUGGGGCAGGGAGUAUUUCCUGAUUUCUUGCAGUGAUUUGGGGGGAAACGCAGGAUGUAAUGGGGCUAAGGACACAGAGGAGAAAACGGAUACAGUCGAGUUCUGUUUGGCCGGGUAACAAAUGCACAAGUGAAGUGGAAUAUCUUUAUUCCUCUUGACAUAAAGGAUCAUUGCCAACAUGGCAAGUGAGACGAAAGACGGCAGAGGACCGCUUAUUGCCACGGCUGUAAACCUCGCAAAGCAUUUUAAAGGAACUUCUUGAAAUACUGCGUCAGGAAAGCGGAGUAAACUACGUUAUACAGGGAAGGCUUACAUUCAAACAGAAGCGCGAACAUGACUGCUGAGAUGCCUCAGCAGCAACAGCUGGAUCCCUGUGAUUCUGCGCGCUCCUGCGCCGAGCUGCUCAGCCCGCAGCCAGACCUGGAGAGCGCUCAGGGCGCACUUAGAGGAAAAAAAUCCACCACCAGCUUGAGGCGCCCUGAAAAGCCGCCCUACUCUUAUAUCGCACUCAUAGUAAUGGCAAUCCAAAACUCACCGAGCAAAAGAGUAACUCUGACCGAAAUUUAUCAGUUCCUGCAGGCCACAUUCCCCUUUUUCAGAGGAUCGUACCAGGGAUGGAAGAACUCUAUUAGACACAACCUGUCUCUCAACGAAUGCUUUAUAAAACUGCCCAAAGGUCUGGGAAGACCUGGAAAGGGUCACUACUGGACCAUAGACGCAGGAAGCGAGUUCAUGUUCGAGGAGGGGUCCUUUCGCCGCAGACCGCGAGGAUUCCGGAGGAAAUGCCAGGCUAUGAAACCAGUGCACAGGAUGAUGAAUGGCAUCGGGUUUGGCGCGUCCAUGCUGGCGCAGAACUUUGAUUUCCAGUCUCCUCAAGUUUCAAUAUCAUACCACAGUAACUACAACCUAGAUUUAGUGGGUAGUGCAGUGCAAGGGGGAUUUGAAGGACUUGGAGUAGGCCAUCUCAACCCGCAUAUUUCACCCACCUCCCUGACAUCCUACGUGACGGCAUGUGAGACAGCAUCUCCCACCAAUUAUUACCCAGACAACGGCAGCAGCAGUACCUUACACUCUUCACCAAAAACAACAGCCACUCUGGACCGUACAUGUGCGUAUGAAAAUGCCGCCUCGCACUGGAACGCACCCGGGGUGUCCUCACACAGAAAACAGCAAGCUCUGCCAUCAAGCUGCAGCAAUCCCUCUGCAACUUCACCUUAUUUUUUGCCUCAAAUCCAUUUUCAUCAUAACACACGAGAAUCAUCUGAGGUGGCAGUGGGAUUGCCUCGAUAUUGCAGCCCCUCAGCUGUUCGAGCGCCGGAAAGGAAGGAAUUCGUUUUGAACCUAAAUGGAAUCUCUUCCUUCCAUCCGAGUACCGGAGAAUCCGAUUAUCCUCAGCUUCAUCACCACCACAACCACAGCGACUGCCAGGACGUAAAGCCAUGUGUGCCUCGAUGACCACACAUUUAUACAUUGCCCAUGUGCGCGUUAUUUUCCUUCCGUUCAAUGAUUGUCUUGUUUUCAAUCUUAGACUCUUUCUCCCUUUUCUACACCUGAACAAAAUACAAAAUUUAAUUUAUCUUUUGAAGUCUAUUUGAAAUACCCAGUUUCUAAUGCUUAUUCAGUUAAAAUGUCAUUUUAUCCACUCAGCUCUCCACCAAACUGCAAAGUUCAAAUCCUUCGAUCCCAUUGACUUGUUCUGCACUGCCAUCUUGAGGUGUCUAAAUGUAAAGACGGGGUUUCAGGGCAUUAAGCAACAGCCAAGUUGUAAUAAAAUUUCUGGCAAAAGAGGCGUUAAUGAUGCGUGCAUGCUUCUACAAGAAAUUCUGGUUUCGUUGAACUGGUAAUGUGCAGAUGCAGAAGUGUGAGUGCAGCUAGCUAAAAGUCAAAGGCCGAAGCUAUUCUCGAAUCAUCGUUAAAACAUUCUGAAAACAAUGUUAUUUAUUUUCUAGGAAUUGUGCAUGGGUUUGUUUCACUUUCAGCAACCAGUUUCUUUACUGUGCAUAGUACUGGAAGUUAAGCUUCAUGUGAGUUAAAAACCACAAAUGUGACACUACUAUUUCUGUAGAAGGAGGAAAAUUAACAAAUUAAUAAUUUUGGAGGUUGAAUAUUUAAUUUUUUUGUGGAUACUUGUUGGCUUAAUCCUUGCAUGUAAAUAAAAAAUGUACAACUCAUUGCUCAUCAAACACCGGCUUUACAAAAGUUAGAAUCUUAAUUUUCAGCUACUUACAUCUAACUGUCAUGAUAAUUGUUGUAACACACCAGAAAAUAAAGGUAAUGUAUGAUGAUUUUGUC